ACGAUUUUUUAUUUUUACUUGUUUGAUGUUUCCAAAACAACAUCGAAGUUUUCUAAAUUAAUUAAAUAUUCAGCAAUAACCUAGUUUCGUGAAACAUUUGUUUAUAUCAACGAUCAUGACUGUAAACAAUACUAUUGCUCAUCAACGUUUGAUACUCAGUGGGGAUCGCGAAAGGUUUAAGGAACUCUUAAGGCGAAGGCUAAUUGAAUGUGGAUGGAGGGACCAAAUCAGGAUGGUGUGUCGUGAAAUUGUAAAAGAGCAUGAUUCAAACUCCAUUACACUUGAUAUGUUGGUGGCAAGAGUGACUCCACGAGCCAGAGCUUUAGUCCCAGAUCCAGUUAAAAAAGAAUUGCUCCAGAAAAUCAAAACUCAUCUUUUAACCCAAAAAAACCUUUAAAUUGAUUGUUGGAUUUAUAAAUGUCUAAACAAUGAUAUUUUGCUUCUUUUGGUUGGAUGUUAAAUCCAAGAAAUGAUGAUGAUUAAUUUGAAUCACAAAAUUAUGCAUUUCUAUUAGUUAUGUUAAGAAUAAAAAUAAAAUAAUUCCUUUUAAACCAA